GAUUCUACUUUUUGGUACAUAUUUAUUUUUGUUAAAUCUUUUAGAAGUUAGAACACAAAUUGGAAACACCAUAAGUGGCACAUAUAUUAUUGGUGCAACUAUGGAUAUGACAUCUAGAGUGGGCAAAGAGGCUAGAGUUGCCAUGGAAAUUGCAGUCGAAGAUUUCAACACAAAAACACAGACAAAUAUGACACUUUACACAAGAAACUCCAAAGGAAAGGUCGUUCAAGCAAUCCAAGACGCCAUCAAUCUUAUUAACACAUACAAAGUGGAAGCAAUUUUGGGGUUACAGAACUUGGAAGAAGUGCUUUCAGUUGGAGAGAUUGGCAGCAAUGCCCAAAUACCAACACUCUCUCUUCUUGAUUCGGUUCCUCAAUGGGCUCUAGAUCGUUUACCCUUCCUCGUUCAAGCAUCACCUUCUCAAGUUGCUCAAAUGAAAGCUUUCGUCGCGAUUAUGGAAUCUUGUGGAUGGAAUCAAUUUACUUUAAUAUAUGAAGACAUCAAUUCAGCAUCCAUUCAAGUGAUCCCACAUCUUAUGGAAGCCAUCAAAGAAUCUAGUGUACAAAUGAGCAAUAUCAUAAACCUUUCACCUUUAACUUCUUCCUCAUUUUUGGAACAGCUUGAAAGGAUCAAGUCACAGCAAUGCCGAGUGUUUUUGGUUCACACAUCUUUAGAAACCGGCAUUAGCCUUUUUCAAAGUGCACAGAAUAUGAGUAUGAUGGAAAGUGGUUAUGUGUGGAUCACAACAAAUUUAAUUACAGAUCUUCUCCAUACCGCGAAUCCAUCUACCUUUUUAACGAUGGAAGGCGUUGUGGGACUGGGGAGUUUCUUCCCGGACAGGGGCUCAUGGUUUCUUGAUUUUAGCACAAAGUUUCAGACAAAGUUUAAGAUUGAGCAGCCAGAAGAAGAGAACAACAUGCCUGGGAUUUUUGCAGUGCAGGCGUAUGAUGCUACAUGGAUCGCGGCCUUAACAUUGAGUGAAAAGAACACGAGUGGGCAAAAUUUUAUGGAUGCGGUGUCAUCACAAUCUUUUGCUGGCAUAAGCGGUGAAGUUCGAUUCAUUAACCGAAAACCAGCUGCAUCACAUGUGUUUCACAUUAUUAAUGUGGUAGGAAAAUACUAUGGACAACUUGGGUUCUGGUCAGAAGGACUUGGUUUUUCUGAGGUUGUGAAUGAUAGGGCAACAUAUAAUAACUCUUUGCAGAAUUUGGGUCAUAUCUUUUGGCCCGGAAGACCAUUGCAUACUCCGACAGGAGGGGUUGUUCCCAGUACUGUCAAUCCUUUGCGAGUUGGUGUGCCAGUGAUGGCCAUGUUUAAGAAAUUUGUGGAAGUGAAAUACGAUAAUCGGCUUCAUAAGUACACUUACACCGGAUAUUCAAUUGAGCUUUUCAAAGAGACCGUUAGACGCUUGCCAUAUUACGUUCCAUAUGAAUUUCACCACUUCAAUGGUACAUAUGAUUCCUUGGUGGAGCAAGUGUAUCUGAAGAAUUUUGAUGCGGUAGUUGGUGACGUCUCGGUAGUGUCAUGGAGAUAUCAGUAUGCCGAGUUCACACAUCCGUACACAGAAACCGGUUUGGUGAUGAUUGUACCCGUUUCACCAUACCAUGGACAAUGGUUGUUUGUAAAGCCUUUCACAUUAGGCAUGUGGGCUCUAACAAUUAUUGUUAAUAUCUACUGUGGCUUUGUGGUAUGGCUUAUUGAGCGGAAUAACAGUCCUGAACUUCAAGGCUCCUCACUGAAUCAAACUGGAGUUCUUUUCUGUUUAGUCUUCACUAGAAUGUUUUACACAAAUGUUGAAAACGUCAAUAGUAAUUUGACAAGAGUGACAACCGUCGCAUGGCUCUUUGCGGCGAUAAUAAUUGGUCAGUGUUACACUGCCAGCCUCACCAGCAUGCUCACUGUUAGAAGGCUGAUACCUAAAGUAACUGAUUGUGAGACAUUGAAGAAUUCAAAUGCUAUUGUGGGGUAUGACAAAGGAUCUCAAGUGGGAAGUUAUUUGGUGGAUGUCUUGGGUUUCAAGCACGAAAACAUAAGAAGCUUCACUUCUCCUGAAGAAUAUGUUCAUGCCCUUGGAAACAAAGAAAUCGCAGCGGUUUUUCUUGCGGCUCCAUAUGCUAAACUAUUUCUUUCCAAGUACUGCAAGAGGUUCACCACAGCUGGGACUACAUAUGCAGAAGGGGGAUUUGCAUUUGCAUUUUCAAAAGGUUCUCCAAUGCUUCCUGAUUUUACGAAGGCCCUACUAAAUGUGUCCGAAAGCGGCACUCUCCGAGAAAUAGAGAAAAGAAUGCUUGGUUCCGAGCACUGUGUAGACCAGGAAGCAAUUCAAGAUGAAUAUGAACGUUUGGGUCUUGGUAGCUUUUGGUCACUUUUUCUUCUAGCAGGUGGCACAUCAACUGUUGCUCUUGCCAUUUAUGUCAUACAAAAUCUUUGCCAGCUUGAGAGAAGCCUCGUCACUAUUAUUUCAGAUGCCAGAAAAUUCUGUGUGCAUCGAAGGAAACGACUCUCUAGGAAAGUCAGUGACGUAGAAAGUGCUGAAAGUCCAAAUGCACAAGAAAUAACUUGACUCCAGGCUGUUAAGUUAUUGAUUCUCUAUAGUACCUCUUCAAUUUGUCAUAUAUGCUCUGCAUUGUAAUUAGGUCUCAUAUUGUAUUUCUUCGAUGCUUGUACUUUUACUUAAUUUAAUGAAUAUAGUCAUUGGUAGGAGCCGCUUGAAUAAUAGUAGGUUGUUAGUUUGUCUUGCACUUGUUUAAGCAGCCAUUUGGUAAUGAAUAAAGUAUACAGUUUUUAGCAA